GUAGGCGGGGCCGCGGCCGGUGGCGGGGUGGCGGAAUGGUGCCGGUGCUGCCGGGGCUGUACGUGGGCGGCGCGGAGUCGUGCUCGUCCUCCAAGGCGCUGGCGGCGGCGGGGGUGAUGGCGGUGCUGACGGUAGACGCGGAGGAGCCGCCUCCGGUGCCGGGCGUGCAGGCCUUGUACAUACGAGCGCUGGACGAGCCUGGCGCCGACCUGCUGAGCCGCCUGGACGAGUGCGCUGCCUUCAUCGGCGCGGCGCUGGCUGGCGGCGGGGCCGUCCUCGUGCGGUGCCAGGCCGGAGUGAGCCGCAGCGUGGCCGUGGUAACCGCGUACCUGAUGAAGAGCCAGGGGCUCGGCUGGGAGGAAGCCUACGCCGCCGUCAGAGCCGCCAAACCCGACGCAGAGGUGAACCUCGGCUUCCAGAGGCAGCUGAAACUCUACGAGGCCAUGGGCUGUGCCGUGGACAGCAGCAGCGCCCUGUACAAGCAGCAUCGCCUGCAGGUGCUCACGGAGAGGUUCUCCGAACUUCAAGACUUACCCCAAGAAGUCUUUGCUGUUGAUCCAACCAAUGCACAUCAGACUCCAAAUACAGAAGUUCUGUAUAGAUGCAGGAAAUGCAGGCGCGCUCUGUUUCGUAGUUCCAGCAUUUUGUCCCACGUGGAAGGAAGUGGACCAACAGCCUUUGCUCACAAGAGAAUAACGGAGUCUGUGCAUCUUCGUGGCAGCGGCCCUGAUAAGUGCACCUCUUACUUCAUUGAGCCUGUGCAGUGGAUGGAGCCAGCACUGCUAGGAGUAACGGAAGGACAGCUUUUGUGUCCCAAAUGCACAUCUAAACUGGGUUCUUUUAGCUGGUGGGGUGAGCAGUGUUCUUGCGGCCACUGGGUGACCCCUGCCUUCCAGAUACACAAAAGUCGAGUGGAUGAAGCGAGAACGCUGUCAGUUGGUAACUUCCAAGCUACCAAAACCUGAACUCAUAGCCUCUUUCAAUGGACUGACCACAGAGAAAUCCUAACUACUGUGGGUUUGCCAGUUCAGAGCUUGAGACUUCAAUCCCUUUGUAAGCAGAGGAAUUACUUGAGCGCCUGAUCUGUUUCUGCUUUCAGUGUAUCUAAAAUACAGGAUGCAUACAUUCAUAUAUAUAUAUAUAUAUGCACAUCUACAUAUAAAAUAAAUGCAUGUAUAUAAGGAUGGUAAUGCAUGUCCAUCAGAGAUGUGUUAAGCAGUGGUCAAAGAUGUACAAAAAUGCCUGAACAUGAUGUUUAUAGCAACAGACUGAAUAAAAGUGUUAUUUACAAAUUCUAA